CCGCGAUUAGUGAACACGCGACUAAACUCUACGCCGACCUGCUAAAAGUUCAUUCAUUCGGUCGAACGUGUCUCGUCUCCGCGCUUCUUUCGCUCGAUGUCUUUGUUUAAUGUAAAAUUAAACUAUUUAAUUCUAAAAAUGUUGAAAUAAUAAUGAGUAAUGAACAAUCUUUAAACAAAUUACUUACAAAAUAUUGCACGGGGUUUGAAAAUACAAGGAUCAAGUCAGAUUUGAAGAAACAUAAUUGGUUAAUUCAAAAAUUGAGAAAGUUUGCGGAGAGACGUGCAAUGGCAGAAAGGGAAGCGCCGAAGAAAAGUUUUGAAAACAAGAAAAUUGGAGCGAAAGUAGCGAAAAGAAAAGAGAGUCUACCCGUAUCACUACCGAUUGGAUUGUACUGUAAAUUCAUGGAACAUAAAAAAUCUCAUAGUCGAAAGACUACGGUAAUUGUAAAUAAUUUGGGGGUUAAUAACGUUUCUGAAAUAAAGAGAGUAGAAAGUAACACUUUACGCUGGAAGGAGGAUAUAGAACCAAAAGCCAAAGAAGAUCGACAAUCACUCAUGGAGAAAUCAACGCAAACACCGGCUAGUAGAGAACAGGUGCAAGACAAUUUACAUAUUAUGGGACAUUAUAGAUAUACAAAUGAACAGUCAACUCAAACUGAAACUAUUACAGAAAAUGAGAGAGAAAUUUUGAAUGUUAUAGGAAAUUAUGGAUACACAAUAGAUGAUAUACAUAUGUUUCAUCAAAAUUCAAUCAAUGAUAAUAACAACCAGAGUAGUACGGGAAAUUUAAAUGUAUUGACGGAUCAAGAAAUAAAUCAGACAAAUGUCGUGUCUCAAAAUCACAAUGAAAUAAACAAAAUAUCAAACACAGCUGACGAAAGAAAAUCCACGAACUGUGGCAUUACACUUAAUAAAGUCGAUCUCUUUAGUGAUCUAAACAAGUUGAUUUUAAGUCGGUUGUAUGUUGCGUCUACAAAGAAAGAUGACGGGCACAAAGAACUUUCUAAAACAAGUCAAUCUUUAGUUAAUGAAAUUUUUGAAAUGGUCUCACUGUUUUUUGAAAGUCGGAAAUUAAAUACUUACAACGAAAUAGUUGAAAUUUUGGAUGAUAUCGAAGAUGAAGAACAAACAAAUGAAACUCCAAAUACUAUGAUCGAACAACCGCAGAAUAUGACAGAUGCUGGAAACAUUAACUGCGGUCCAUCACAAUCGCAAAAUGCCUCUCAAGAGACAACGCUUCCAAUACAGAUGGCAAAUACCUAUAUUGGAAUACAAUCUCAAAAUCUUCUUAGUCAAAAUCAAGAGAAAAAUAUCGCUAUAAAUCCAACAGCGGUUAAUGAAGCCCUAGAUUUACGAGGCGAAAGAAUGCGAAAACAAUAUAAUGCGCAAAAAAGGAAUUAUUUAAAAGAAAAUGAGAAUAUACCACAACAGGUCGCAAACGAUCAGUAUGCAAGAUUUCUUUGUCCACAACAGGAAAUGCACGUGAAUAGAUGUAACCAAGCUCCGCCGGCGCGUCCAACUCGACCUGUUGGGAACGUGGCGACCCAUCCUCAGACCUCAUCAAAUCCACAAAACAUACAGUUAGUUAGACCAAGACUUAGUCCGAUAAACCCAAAUGCUAUAAGUAGUCAACAUGUAGUUAGUUCAAUACACUCAAAUGCUAACAAAGCUGGUGCUACGAAUGUACUCCUCCACUCACAUGGCGGUGGGUUCGCAGGCAUAGAUAAAUCACAAAAUUGUCGAAUUCCUCAAAAUAAUUCUGAAUAUUCUCAAAACCUACAAAACCCCAUACACCUAAGUACCAACAACGCUUGUGCUGUACAACAAAAUUAUCAAAACCCUAAUCAACAUCAUCAACAGACGAUUAAUCCGAUACGUCAAAAUGACACCUACCCAGGUGCUUUAUACGGCAAUUAUCAUAUGCCCAUAAAUAAUUAUGAGCCUACUCAAAAUCAACAGAGACAUAAUGAUAUGAUGAGACCUAUACACCCAAAUACCGCUAACGGCGCUGAGAUGUAUGAAAAUUUUUGGAUUUCUCAAAAUAAUUCAGAGUCUGCGCAUAACAAGCAGGUUAGACCUGCGCUCAGUCGGAUAAACCCAAGCGCCGAGUACAUCGCUGGUGUGCCCCAAGAAUAUCAAAACUCUCAAAAUACUUAUGGGAAUCCUCAUAACCAACAAUUAAUCAGACAAAUUCACCCGAAUGCUUUCUACCCACAAACAGUAUCAUAUCCAAACAUAUAUCCGAAAAGAUAGAUAUAUUAAUAUAGUACUCUCUAUCUCAACUUGGCGUGAUCCCAGUUACAUUCGCGCCUGUGACGGGGAAGCCCAGUGUCCGCGAAAAAUUAAAAUGUUGUCUUUGACUUAAGUUAAUCAUCAGAUUUGGCUCUCUACUUUACAUUUGGGCUUUUGUAUUUCUUAGUCGCCUCUUACGAUAUCCACGAGAGGUAAUAGAGUAAAUCUGAGCGGGAACCACACGCCUUCUACACUAUCCAGGCAAGACAAGUAACAACACUACGAAGCGUGUUUUAAAAUGCUAUUCGUUUGUAGCCUUAAAAGUAUCAGGCGGCUACAUAAAAUACUUUGUUUUAUUAUUAUCUCUACAGAUAUUAAAACAACGGUAUGAAAUACUUUCUACCCACUAAAAUCACCAUUUCAAUAGCGGGGCACCCACGUCUUAUAAAUUAUUUACGUAUAUACACGAGUAGGUAGGUUAUUAAAAAUAUAUAAUAUGUUAGAUUCCCCGCCGCGUCAAUUUCCACUCUAUAGUCAUUUGGGGAAAGAUUUUUGAAAAAUAAGUAGCCUAUGUUUGAACGUGGGUCUACAACUAUAUACAUACAACAUGUCAUCAAAAUUAGUCCAGCAAAUUAGCCGUGAAAGAGGAAUAGACCUACAGACAGACUUCCGUAUCUAAAAUAUUAGUAUGAGUGACUAAUAUUCGAAGAUGAAGUUAAUAAAAAUAUUGAUAAAAGUCCUGUACCAGUUUAAUGCAUGAUGUUUUUAUCUUUUAUCCACGGGAUAUAUAGAAUAUAAAGUCUAUACCUAUGCAUGUAAAUAUAAAAUAUUAUUAUAUAAUUAAAUAUUACACAAUAGAAGAGGGUCGCAACGAAACUUGACAGAGUAAGGGAUUUAGAGAGAAUAUGAAAGUUGCAUUGUUACCAAAUAAGUUAAGAGGAAAGGGAAGAGGCUAUCAUCGAUUGGGCAUGUACUGAGAAGUGACGAGACGCUCGUCACAAUAUAGCUGUGAUAAAUAUGAAUGUGGGAAAUUGGUUUAAUUUUACUGCUCCGCGCGGUCCAAUUGACAAAUCACAUGCUUUGCUCGCGCGAUUUUCUUUUAAUACCCGAUUACAGGAAAAACCGCAAAGCGAAAUAUAUUUCAGCUGGCCUUAGCUAGAUAACUUUAUGAUGGAUGAACAAUUUGACCAGCAACGCGAGCUAUGUUCGUUUAGCUCGUGGCAUCAUGACGUCGUCGGCACAUUUCAAGGUAAGUUAUUGUAAAUAUUUUAAGACAAUUUCUAUUUGACACAGUCGCUAAAAUAUCUAUUUAGAUGCUAAAAUAGCUAUUUAGAUUUAUUUACAUCUAAUAAUUAAUAUACAUGUUUAAAACACAAACAAAAAGCACAGAAACGCUUAAAAUCGGUUGUACAGAAUAUAAAAUAUGUAAAUAUCUAUAUGUGUAUAUUAAAAUUAAAUAUGUAAAAAUAGAUACAAUUCUUGAAAUUGUAGAAUAAAGUUGAUAUUAAUUAUAUAAAUUCUAAUUACCUAUAAAAUAUAUAUAAUAUCUUUAUAGUAUAAUG